AUGGCCCGUCGCCGGAGCACAAAAGAGUGUCGGCCGCGGGGGCGGUGUGCGUGGCUCCUGCUGCUCCUCGCCGGGGUGUCCGGAAAUGGUGCUCUUGCAGAACAUUCUGAAAAUGUGCAUAUUUCAGGAGUGUCAACUGCUUGUGGAGAAACUCCCCAACAGAUUCGAGCACCGAGUGGUAUAAUCACCAGUCCAGGCUGGCCUUCUGAAUAUCCCGCCAAGAUCAACUGCAGCUGGCUCAUCAGGGCGAACCCAGGGGAAAUUAUUACUAUAAGUUUUCAGGAUUUUGACAUCCAGGGUUCCAGAAGAUGCAGUUUGGACUGGCUGACAAUAGAAACAUACAAGAAUAUGGAGAGCUACCGUGCCUGCGGCUCCACAAUCCCACCUCCCUACAUCUCUUCCCAAGACCACGUCUGGAUCCGCUUCCACUCCGACGACAGUGUCUCUCGGAAGGGUUUCAGGCUGGCGUACUUUUCAGGGAAAUCUGAGGAACCAAACUGUGCUUGUGACCAGUUCCGCUGCGGAAAUGGAAAGUGCAUCCCAGAAGCCUGGAAGUGCAACAGCAUGGACGAAUGUGGAGACGGCUCCGACGAGGAGAUCUGUGCUAAGGAAGCUAGUGCUCCCACGCCCGCUGCUUUUCAGCCCUGUGCUUACAACCAGUUCCAGUGUCUGUCCCGCUUUACCAAAGUUUACACCUGCCUCCCCGAGUCUUUGAAAUGCGACGGCAACAUUGACUGCCUGGACCUCGGAGAUGAAAUAGACUGUGGUGUGCCCACUUGUGGGCAGUGGCUGAAAUAUUUUUAUGGUACUUUCAGUUCUCCCAAUUACCCAGACUUUUACCCUCCCGGCAGCAACUGCACCUGGCUCAUAGACACGGGUGACCAUCGCAAAGUCAUCUUACGCUUCACGGACUUCAAACUGGACGGUACCGGCUACGGUGACUACGUCAAAAUAUACGACGGACUGGAGGAGAACCCGCACAAGCUUCUGCGUGUGCUAACCGCCUUCGAUUCGCACGCGCCCCUGACAGUGGUUUCUUCCUCUGGGCAGAUCCGGGUGCAUUUCUGUGCGGAUAAAGUGAACGCCGCCAGGGGAUUCAACGCCACUUACCAAGUGGAUGGCUUCUGUUUGCCCUGGGAGAUCCCCUGCGGGGGCAACUGGGGGUGCUACACCGAGCAGCAGCGCUGUGACGGGUACUGGCAUUGCCCAAACGGGAGGGACGAAGUCAACUGCACCAUGUGCCAGAAGGAGGAGUUCCCGUGCUCCCGAAACGGCGUCUGCUACCCUCGCUCCGAUCGCUGCAACUACCAGAACCAUUGCCCCAAUGGCUCGGACGAGAAGAACUGCUUCUUCUGCCAGCCCGGGAACUUCCACUGCAAGAACAACCGCUGCGUGUUCGAAAGCUGGGUGUGCGAUUCCCAGGACGACUGCGGCGAUGGCAGCGACGAGGAGAACUGCCCGGUGAUCGUGCCCACCAGGGUCAUCACCGCGGCCGUCAUUGGCAGCCUCAUCUGCGGCCUGCUGCUCGUCAUUGCCUUGGGGUGCACCUGUAAGCUUUAUUCCCUGAGAAUGUUUGAGCGGAGAUCAUUUGAAACACAGCUGUCAAGAGUGGAAGCAGAAUUGCUCAGAAGAGAAGCUCCUCCCUCAUAUGGACAGUUGAUUGCUCAGGGCUUAAUCCCACCGGUCGAGGAUUUUCCUGUGUGUUCACCCAACCAGGCUUCCGUUCUGGAAAACCUGAGGCUCGCUGUGCGCUCCCAGCUGGGCUUUACCUCCAUCAGGCUCCCCAUGGCGGGCAGAUCCAGCAACAUCUGGAACCGCAUCUUCAGUUUUGCAAGAUCGCGCCAUUCCGGGUCGUUGGCUUUGGUCUCGGCCGACGGUGACGAGGUUGUCCCCGGCCAGGGCGCCAGCAGAGAACCUGAGAGGAGCCAUGCUCACAGAGGUUUGUUUUCCGUGGAGUCGGACGACACGGACACGGAAAGCGAGAGGAGAGAGACAGCCGGCGCGUCCGGGGGGGUCGCAGCUCCUUUGCCCCAGAAGGUCCCUCCCAGCACCGCGGUGGAAGCCCCCGUGGGAGCAGGUGGUGGGAGCUCCUCCGCGCCGAGCGCCCGGGGAGGCCACUCGGCCAGCGGAAGGGAUGCGCCGGGCACGGAGGCCCCAGGGGUGAGCCCAGCCCGGCAGCAGCUCAGCAGCGCGCUCAGCCGCAUGACCCAGGGGCUGCGGUGGGUGCGGUUCACGUUAGGCCGCUCAAGCUCCGGCAGCCAGAACCAGAGCCCCUUAAGACAGCUGGACAGCGGGGUCGGUGGGGGGGAGGAAGAUGACGAUGUGGAAAUGCUCAUCCCGGUUUCGGACGGAGCUUCAGACUUGGAUGGGAACGACUGCUCCAGACCUCUCCUCCUGGAUCCCGCCGCAGAUCCAGGCCCAGGCCCAGGCUCCAGGCAGCCACGGCCCGCACCCAGCCCCGGAGCCAGGCCGGGCGGCCGAGACGGGCCCUGUGGGCGCUGCGGCAUGGUGCACACCGCCCAGGUCCCGGACACCUGCCUGGAAGCGGCCCUGAAAAGCGAAACGAGCGAUGAUGAGGCUUUGUUACUGUGUUAG